AUGCCAAAAGGGUUUCGAUUAGUGAAGCAGAAGUUCACCCUCAGGCAAAUAAAGGAGAUCCAUGCUUGUCUUCUAGCGACAGGAAAAUCUAGCAACAAGUUUCAGCAAACGAAAAUUCUUGCACUCUACGCAUCUUCUCCUUUGAACACCAUGGCUUUUGCCGAGUUGGUCUUCUGUCAGAUGGUAAAGCCAGACACCUUUUCAAUCAACACGAUGAUAAAGGGCUACAAUCUGCAUUUCGACCCACAGAAAGCACUUCAGUUCUACUAUCAAAUGAGGAGAAGAUCAAUGGCUUCCGAUAGUUUCACCAUUGCAUUUGUUCUUGAAGCAGUGACUGCUGCAUUAUUGAUUAGGAAUGGAAAAGGAAUGCAUGGGCAGAUGAUCAAGUUUGGUUUCGAAACAUCCAUUGUUUUAAAAACCAACUUGAUCCAAAUGUACGCCGAUUGUGGUAGCAUCGAUGAUGGCAGCAAAGUGUUUGAUGAAAUGCCUCGGAAGGACUUGAUCUCAUGGAGCACUAUGAUGGCUGCUUACGCAAGACUUGGCCGUGUUCGUGAGGCUCUGGCAUUGUUGGAGGACAUGAAGAGGAAAGAAAUCACACCUAAUGAGUACACAAUGGUGCCCUUGUUGAGGGCAUGUGCUCAAGCAUGCGCCUUGACUCUAGGGGAGCAUCUACAUGCAUACAUAGGAAGAAGUCCUCAAAUUAGGAGGGACACCCACUUGGGAAAUGUUCUAGUCUACAUGUACGCAGCCUGUGGUGCGUUGGACAAAGCAGUUAACGUUUUCAACGAGAUUGAACAAAAGGAUGUACUCUCUUGGAGCACCAUGAUCGGAGGGUUUGCAGUUCACGGCCACGGAGAGGAAGCUUUGAGUCUCUUUGCUCAAAUGAAGUUCGCAGGAGUAAAACCAAACGAUGCUACACUGGUAAGUGUACUGCAAGCCUGCAGUCAUGCUGGCCUAGUUUCUGAGGGCCGGAAACAUUUUGACCUAAUGAAGAGUGAGUAUGGCGUAAGUCCAAAGCUUGAGCACUACGGUUGCAUGGUAGACAUGCUUGGGCGUGCGGGGCUUUUGCCUGAGGCACACGAAUUCAUCAACAGCAUGCCAAUUCCACCCAAUGCCAUCAUCUGGCGCACUUUGUUAGGUGCAUGCAAUGCACAUGGGGACACGAAACUAGCAGAAAUGGUAUCAAAAACCCUUCAAGAGUCAGACUGUGAUCAUGUAGGGAAUCAUGUCCUCAUGUCCAAUAUAUACUGCAAAGCUGGAAGGUGGUUUGACGCCGAAAGAAUAAGAAACAUGAUCAACCCAGUAACAAACAAGAAACUGCCAGGUGAAAGCUCAAUAGAAGCAAGCAGCAAUGUGAAUGCUGAAAUUGUAAAUCCACCUCUUCAUCUUAAAACUGAAGUGUGA